CCGUUGAUAUGCUGCAACUAGAAUUUCAGCAACCCACUUUUCCAUCUAUCGUCAUCCUUGAUUUGACUUUGUUCUCAUCAAGGUAAACAAAAAAAUAAAACAAAACAAAUUUGUACAAUCUUCCAAAUCAUACGCAAAAACAUUUGGGAUUUUGUUUUAAGCAAAACGAACAUAUGGGUGUUUAUGCCAGUGCCGCUUAAGUGAUAGCUAGUGAAACAUGGGCUCAGCGCUGUCCAACCCAAUUUCAUCUGCAAGUGUGGGGGUAAAUUCGAACUCAGCACCUGCGUUUGAGUGGCAAUGGCAAACUGAUGAUUUGCUGUGGCGUUCAUACAGCGAGGAGUGCAGUGCUGCCAUGGAGGCGGCACGCUUGGAAGGGCGCUCCUUCCUUGAGAUCAAGGCGUUCCCGGCUUCGACUCGCACGCACUUGAUUUUCUUUCAGCAGCAACAACUUCGCCAGGUCAAUCUUAGGACUUACCGGGGGCGCCCAGUAAGGAGAUGUAUUGGAGAGAAAAGUUUAACUGCUGUUUGGGAAUGGUGGCAAGAAGAGAAAGGCCAAUGGCAUGAAUAUAGAAGUGAGCUGACUUCAAAGUUUGAAGCAGCAUGGAUGAGUUCCAUUGCUAAUCAGAAAUUGGGAAGACAUGAUUGUCCAGCUGGUGUAUUUUUCAAUUUAAAAGGUCGAACAUAUUCUAUUCUGUUUGAAGCUGAAGCAGUACAGUGCAAUGUGAAAACGUCAUUUCAGAGGAAUGUUCGUAGACGUUCAUGUUUGCAAAACCAAACAUCAUCUAAUUGUGUUGCAAAUUCACAUUUAAAUGUAAACUCAGACUUAGCCGGCAAUUGUUCAACAUUUGAAAUUGGAUGGCAGUGGCAAACUAAUGAUUUACGGUGGUGUCCUUACAACCAUGCAUCCAGUGCUGCAAUUGAAUCUGCCUAUGCUAAUGGCCAAGUGUCUGUUCAGAUUAGUCUAUUGCCAGGCUCCAGUCCAACUCACUGUGUUUACUUCAAGAAUCAAGUGCUUAGCCAGGUCAAUCGCAUAACUCAUCGAUUGCGCCCAGUACGGAGAUGUGUAAAUGGGAAAAGCUCUUUUGCCAUUUGGGAAUGGUGGGAAGAAGAGAGGAGUCAAUGGCACACAUACAAUGAUUAUCUUACAAAAAAGUUUGAAGCAGCAUGGAACAGCUGCAUGGCUAGCCGUACAAGUCACUGUGUGAAUUGUCCAGCUGGUGUUUUCUUUAAAUUGAAUGGUCGAAAGUAUUCCAUUCUAUUUGAAGCAGAUGCAAUGCAAUGUAAUGCUAAAAAUUCAAAUUGUAGAAAUGUUCGAAGAUGUAAUUAUUUUUCAAAUCAGUUGUCAAAAAUCCAGCCUGUUAAUGUAGAUCAUUAUCAGGAUUUAAAUGGAACUUUACAUGGACAAGUAAUGAGAAAUGAACAAGAUCAGUCUAGCCAACAUUACCUACAUCCUGAAUAUGAUUCUAGCUCCAACUCGGAUGAUGAUGAUGAGUGUUCUAUUUGUCUUUGCAGCUUGCAUGAAGGAAAAGUCAUUGAACUGGUGAAAUGUCACCAUUUCUUUCACAGAAAAUGUAUUGAGCAAUGGUUCAAAACAUGUCCCACUUGCCCACAAUGUUUGGCAGUUUAUGAUGUGAUCUCAGGAAAUCAGCCACCAGGGGACAUGAGUGUUCGUUAUAUUUCGUUUAGUAGUAAAGAGGCGGAGAAUGGAAUUGAAGGAUAUCCAGGUGUUGAUAUCAUUGAAAUUACUUACAUAUUUUCCAAUGGAAUUCAGUCUGCAGAGCAUCCAGCUCCUGGAACAGCAUACGCUGGUGCUACAUAUGCUGCUUAUCUACCAAAAAGCAAAGAAGGGGAAGAAAUUCUUGAGCUUUUGGAAAUAGCUUGGAGUCGCCGCCUCCUUUUUACAGUGGGACCAUCUUUGGCAACUGGACAGAAAAGCAUGGUCAUCUGGGCUAGAAUUCACCACAAGACCCAAAAGAAUGGAGGGGAGAGUAAUAAUGGUUAUCCUGAUCAGACUUAUUUUGCUAGAGUCAAGAAACAGCUAGCAGACGUAAAUAUUAUGUAAUUGUAAAUAAUAUGUUAUUUAUACUUUACUUGCUUAUAUCAGUCAUCUAGAAGUUAUCUACUUUGUAGACAAUUUGUUAUUUUUAAUGCUUGUAAGCUUUUGUGUUUUCAGAAUAUCUCUAUGACCACAUUUGAGCUACCAAUUAGGUUGUUGUAGGGCAAGAAUGUUGUUAGAUUGCUCUUAUAUUUCAUUUUAUCAAUCUCAAGUUCAGAUUUUGUUGAA